AUGUGCUGUGGAGGUUCUGAACAAAAGCCUAAGAAGGUGCCCAAGCACGAGGCCGAUCGCGAACGCCUCAAGAAGGUCGCCGAAUCAUACCGCCCCCCUGCUCACAGCUGGGGUCACCGACCUACUGCCCAGAUGGAGCGAGACAAGGCCGCCGCUAUCCAGCGAGAGCUCAACAAGGCUCGAGCUCGAGGCGAAUGGUAG